AAGCCAUUUCCCUCUUCCGCGAUUCAGUCACUCAAGCACCGAGGCAGCUGAAAAGUACCAGAAAAUGCCGGCGGGUCACGGUUUGAGGGCGCGCACCAGGGAUCUGUUUGCUCGGCCGUUCAGGAAGAAGGGCCCGACCCAUUUGUCCACUUACCUUCGGGCCUACAAAAUCGGUGACUAUGUCGAUGUGAAGGUAAACGGGUCGAUCCAUAAGGGUAUGCCUCACAAGUUCUACCAUGGCCGAACAGGCCGCGUCUGGAACGUCACAAAGCGCGCUAUUGGUGUUGAAGUCAACAAGCAGGUCGGAAACAGAAUCAUUAGGAAGAGAAUACACGUUCGUGUUGAGCAUGUCCAGCCCUCGAGGUGCCACGUGGAGUUUCUGCAGAGGAUAAAAAAGAAUGACCAGUUGAAGUCAGAGGCCAAGUCACAGGGCAAAAUCAUCAGCACCAAGAGGCAGCCAGAAGGUCCUAAGCCUGGUUUUAUGGUGGAGGGUGCCACCAUUGAAACUGUAACACCCAUUCCGUAUGACGUGGUCAACGACCUCAAGGGCGUUGGUAACUCGAGUCCGACAAUUUUUUUCAGCAGAAAGAUGUGUGGUGAUUUCAUUCCAACUGCAAUGCUUCCGAAGAAGGGUAGCUAUACUGAAAAAAUCACAUUUAAACAAAUCAAUAUAAAUUUAUGGCGGCUAAUCAGAAAUGCCACCAGGGGUAACCAGCUGCCGGAGAAGAAUAUUGGGACUGGUUGCAGAAAGGAAGGCUGGCGAUUGGCGCUGGGCACUGGUGAUGGCGGAUCCGCCUCAAGUCCGCCGACAGUUUGUGCUCAAAUCUCGGUCCUUUGCGAUUUUAGGGAUAAAAUGCUGAGUGUGCUGCGGGUGCACCUGCCAUCCGAUAUACCGAUUGUAGGUUGCGAGUCCACACCGUAUGUGCUUUUGAAGCGACCCGACAACUCUGUUGUUACCGAUGAUGCUACUGAGUUGAACCCCAUUGAUGGCCAUUUCUUGAGAUAUAGAUGGUACCGAGUACAAAGUGAUAAGAAAGUUACCCUUUGUAGUGUCCACCCAACUGAGCAAGCUACAUUACAAUGCCUUGGAUGUGUUAAGGCCAAAUUACCUGUUGCCAAGAGUUACCAUUGUUCUCCCAAGUGUUUUGCUGGCGCCUGGCAACACCAUCGUGCUCUGCAUGAGCGUGCUGCUAGUGCGGUGAAUGAAAAUGGAAAUGAGGAAGAAGAAAUCUUUGGUCGAUUCAAUAGUACAGGAAGUACAACGUCAAAUAUGAAUACAUCUCAGUCAAAUCCCAGUCUGUCAAACGGCACUGCUGCAUUCUAUCUUGCGGCAGUUACUCGGAAUGGUGGUGAAACAUGGUUCGAAGUUGGACGCUCCAAGACAUAUACACCAACAGCUGAUGAUAUUGGCCAUAUCCUAAAAUUUGAGUGUGUUGUAGUAGAUGUUGAAACAAAACUAGCAGUGGGUUCUCCCCCACUCUUAACUACGGCUCGUGUGAUUCCUGCUCCAUCACCCAGUCCACGUCGAGUGAUAUCUGUUAGUGGAAUUGAUGUUGCUGCGCAUUUGGACAUGAAUGGUCGCACUUCAUCUGGCGUAACAUUUUCAGUACUCUCGUACAAUAUUCUAUCCGAUAUCUAUGCUUCGAAUGAACUAUACAGCUAUUGCCCCUCGUGGGCCCUUUCUUGGGCCUACCGUAGACAAAACCUUUUACGAGAAAUAGUUGGUUACCAAGCAGACAUUAUCUGUCUUCAAGAGGUUCAAAGUAAUCAUUUUGAGGAAUUCUUCGCACCUGAGCUGGAUAAACAUGGCUAUCAAGCUGUGUUUAGAAGUAAAAGUGGAGAGGUUUUUGGUGGGAAAAUGAAUACCAUUGAUGGCUGCGCUACUUUCUUCCGCCGUGAUAGAUUUUCACAUGUCAAAAAAUAUGAGGUUGAAUUUAACACAGCUGCACAAUCCCUGACUAAUGCUUUGGUUCCCAGUUCACAGAAGAAAAAUGCUUUAAAUCGAUUAAUAAAGGAUAACAUUUCGCUAAUAAUUGUUCUAGAAGCCAAGUUUGGUAUUCAGAGCAUUGAUAAUCCGGGAAAGCGCCAGCUUGUUUGUGUGGUCCACACGCUUAUGAAAGGCCUGGAAAAGAUUGCUGCUAGUGCGGAUAUCCCAAUGUUAGUCUGUGGGGAUUUCAAUUCUGUACCUGGAAGUGCUCCACACUCCCUUCUCGCUUUGGGGAAAGUUGAUCCUCUUCAUCCAGAUUUAGCUGUGGACCCGCUCGGAAUUCUUCGCCCCACCACCAAACUAACACAUCAGUUGCCAUUGGUUAGUGCUUACUCAUCCUUCGUCAGAGCUGGGGUUGGUCUUGGUCUAGAGCAAAGAAGGAAAAUGGAUCUUGCUACAAAUGAGCCCCUCUUUACGAACUGCACCAGAGAUUUUAUUGGUACUCAUGAUUACAUCUUUUAUUCAGCUGACACUUUAACGGUGGAGUCUUUGUUGGAGCUUCUGGAUGAGGAUAGCUUGCGAAAGGACACUGCUCUUCCUUCUCCAGAGUGGUCAUCGGAUCACAUAGCACUAUUUGCUGAAUUCCGCUGCAAGCCUAGGACCAGACGUUAAUUAUAGGCCCGUUUGAAAGACUGGUUUUCAGGAAAAAUAGUAACCGGAUUAUGUAAGAGGACCGAGAAGUGAUUGUAAUGAUAGAUUGUUCUACCUGUUGAUUUUCUGGCCGUGCUCUUCAACCCCUACAGAUUUGUACCGUGCAAUAUUUGUGUUUAUAAAAAAGGAAAAAUGGUGAAAAUACAUUAAAACGAUUUCCACCUUUCCCUUACCGCUGGAAGAGAAACAUAUAGAAAGAUUGGAGCAACAUAAGCACACUAUCUAUGUGAUCAUCUGGGUUGUAAUUUUAGUUUUUUCCCCCAUUGUAAUUGUUGGAAGUAGGUUGAGCAAAGAGCAAUAGAUAAUGGGAGGAGGCGUUAUACUAUAAUAGUAUAAUCUCAUUUUAAUGGCUUCCUGUUGACAGACAACUUUUAUUUAUAAGCAUUUUGCAUAGGCCACAAGAGGCUUGACAGUUAACUUAUUUCCAGAGUAAUUUUACCUGAAUUUCUAUAUUUGCAGCGUCUCGUUAGUUUUGUUCGUUACAGAGAAUGAAGAAUUAUUUGUACUAAAUUGGAUUGGCGAUCAUUUUGUCCCUUGAGCUUAGCUUAAUCACAUAACAUCCUCUUGC